AUGCUCACCCGACACGCCACGCGUGGCACGCUCUCAUUAACACGCUACAUACCCAUUGAGGUCGUAGAAACGGUGAUAGACGAACUCGGUGCACAGGAGGACCUCCGCGCUCUGUCGUUAUGCGCGCGCGUAUGCAGUACCUGGCUCCCCCGAAGCCGAUUCCACUUUUGGCGCAAGGUCUUGGUCACUAGUCGAAAAAAGCUCUGGGCGAUUCUUAGGGCGCUGGGGCACGCCGAGGACAUCAACCCGUUGGUACAGGUCCUUCGACUGCAGAGUCAGGAUUCCGGUUACGUGUCCCCGGCUUCGACGACUGGUGCUGACGACUCGUUCAUCUUGCUCGCCAUGGACGAGCUCCUCCGCCGCCUCCCCAACCUCAACACCUUGGAGAUCGUCGCACGGGACGAACAUCUGGACUUGACUUCCCCAGAUGUAUUGAUCAGCUUCUUCGAGUGUCAUUCUCUCAGGACGCUCGUUCUCGAAGAGUGCCGUAUCCCCUCUUCUGCGUGUUUGCAUCAAAUGCUCCGUUCAUUGCCUGCCCUACGGGAAGUGCGACUUUGCGAGGUGGAUUUCUGGGAAGGACCAGGAGAGACCCCUCUGGACUAUAGCAAUCUACGCUUGCAGAAACUCACUUUGCAUUCUUCCGCCAACCCGCCCCCAUUACUCGAGGGAAUCCUCAAUGGCAGCGCAACUACGCUGACAGACCUUGAUAUUAGCUGCCAGUCAUUGUUCGAAACAGGUACUGUCAUGGAUCUUCCGCGCCUCCUCCAUCUGAUGGUGAAGAUCGAUUUGGAUGACGAAGACAUCUUCCGGGAAUGGGAUCCCGAACAGUUACAUCCAACCAACAGCAGACUUCCACCGUCAUUACGCUCCUUGAACAUCACGCUACACAGCGGCGCUGUUUCUUGGUUCGGUGUCGAUCUCAAUGAGAGGCUCAAGCAAGAGAUCUCCGCCUUCACGCGACUAGUGCAAGAGCACGGCAUUCUCAGGACGAGCGGGAUCAAGUGCAUCUUGGAGGACGUGCACGAAAAUCUUCGCGACAGAUGGCUCGCAUCAUUGGAGAAAGUGUUCUCAGUCUUGCAUGCGCGGGAUAUGGCGACCUAUGGUCACAUCAGUCCUGCCAUACACAUGGCCUUCGCGGAGAAUAACCAGUGGGCGGCUAGCUAUGCGAAAUGGGGCUUCCCUGGAGCCGGCUCAGUGAUCAUCUGGGAUGUUACUUCCGGAAAACCAGCACUGGAGCAGUGGGACUACCCAGUCGCCCAGUUAAGUCGCGAAGAACCGCACCCACUCGUUUUCUCCCCUUCAAACACCCUCCUCGCGUAUUGCACACGCCAUCUCCAGAAGAUCUUCCGCUUGCAAGAGGCCGAAGAAGGCACAGGAACUCACCGCCGUCAGUGGCAAGAGCUGGGGGGUAUCGAUUUUAGAAGCCGGAUCGUCCGCGCCGCCGCAUGGACCCCGGACAGCAAACAGAUCGUCUUCCUGGUGGACGCUGGCGCCGUCGACAUUUGGGAUGCCGAGACUCUCACGCACACUCGCACACUCCUUUGCCCCUUCCCGUUUGUAGGCAACGACGAUGAGUUGAUCGGGGUCACCGCGGCAAGCCUCUCGGUGUCUGCCGACGGCCAGUUCGCUCUCUGCUACAUAGACAAGUCCUACAAUUUCGGACCCGUUCACAGCGAACACGUCUGCGUCUGGGACCUGGUUUCCUGCACGUGCUCUCUCCGCUUUCCCGCCCUCGCACAAGUCCGUUCCCCCGAGCAGGACCGUAUCAGCGAAGUUUCGUUCCGCCCCCCACUCGAGGACGCGGCAGACCCCCGCCCUGGCCACUGGGACGUGCUCGCGCACUCGGCCAACGGCAAACUAUUCCUCGACACCGCGGCGCAACACGUGGGCAACGACGGCGGCCCCUCAGUACCCCUCACCUCGCUGCUCGAAGGCUUACAUACGAUAGACAUGUCCCCAGAUGGGCGCUUCGCCAUCUGCAUUGGGCCGAGGGACGGGCACCCCGACUCGAGCGUGUACCGCAUCGUGGACACACGCACCAGAGAGACGGUCUUUGAGCCGUUCGAGACCGAAGAAAGCUGGCCGGCCCGCUUCUCGCCCAACGCCUCCGCGGUCGUGUUCUGCAUCGCUGGAAGGCGUAAUUCAACGCAAUGGGGGUACUUGAGUUUGCAGGACGGGAUCAUGUACGCGGUCCGGGUCCCGGAGGGGCAAGAGGUGCACGGAUUGGUGCUUUCGGAGGACGGGUCGUUGGUCGCGCGCUCGUGCUGGAGCGGCGCGAUGAUCUUUGAUCGAAUCUCCAAUGCAAUGCAGGCGGUGGAUCAAGGCUGA